ACUGAGAUCACGUCACACUUCAUUAUGACACUUCUGUUGGUGACUGGCUGAAUUUAGGGGUGAAUUAGGGGGUUUUUAUUGGUAAAUAAUUGUGCAAAUUAUAUCGAUAUACAGCACUGUGCAAAAGUCUUGGCACCCUAUUUUUUUUACUACAAACUUUGUUAUAGAUGUUUAUUUUCUGACUUCUACAUUACUGAUUCAGAACAAAAACAUUUUAGAUUCCAAACAUUAGUUUUCCAGCACAAAAUGAAAUGUUCCAGAAAAAUGUUUGUAUGUCAGUAAAGAAAGCAGCAGAUUCCAUAAGAGACACUUUUCAGAUAAAAACGUAAUGAAGGCUGCUGGGUUUCGCUGCAGAAAUAAGAAGCGAGUCGACAGUCAAAGUCUCCAGAAGAACUGUGGCUGCUUCUGCAAGAUGCUCAGUAACACUUCCAGCUCAUUUCCUUAUAAAACUGCGUAGAUUCAUGACAUAGAAUUCCAGUUAAAUCCAUUUUAGUUCCAGACUGUAACACUACAACAUGUGGAAGAGUUCAAGGGGUGUGAAUACUUAUACACCACAGUGUUGGGUCAGUGUCAGAGGUCAGAUGACUGUCACAGCUCUGUGAUUUCAUUUCGUUUCCGAACACGAUGUAUAAUCUGUUUUCUGUAAAAGUUUAUGAUUAAUGAUCUGCAGUGAUGUGCUGUAGACUCGUGGUUUAUUUUUAUUUUUUUAUCUGACCCACUUUCUGAAAGCGAUACUGGCUCAGCAGAAAGGCAGCGCGUUGGCCGAGCGAGUCGGAGCCCGAUUCCAAUCUAUAGCACUCAGAAUCCACAAUGGAGAGGGUUCGGCUUGUUGUGGCCGUGCGGUUGUCAUGUGUCCACUCCAUAAACAGGAGCUUCUGGAGCUCUUCUGUGAGACGUGUGACCUUCUGGCCUGCAGCAUCUGCCACCUGUCUGCACACAAGGACCAUCGGCUGGUCCAUGUUGGCAAGGCUUUACAGGAUCAGCGGUGGCUCCUGGAGAACCUGAUGGCUCGGGUGGAGGAGAAGAGAUCAGCUGUGGAGAACACUGCCAAGCAGAUUCAGGGCAGGCUUCACAGCGUAAAGAUCACACAAAGGAAGGCUGAGAACCAGAUUAAAAUGGCCAAGAUGAUCAUGAUGAAUGAGCUGAACAAACGGGCCAACCUAUUAAUAGAGCAACUGGAGAGUAUCUCCAGCGGUUUUAAGCAGCAUCUGGAGGACCAGCUGCAGGGGGCGAUAGAGCUCUGUAGCCAGCUGGAGCACGUGCAGAACUUCAUCACCUGGGCGGUGGCACAUCACAGGAGGAACCCGCUGCUGUUCAGCAAAGAACUGAUCGCUCUUCAGAUGCAGCAGCUCCUGGAGCCGCUGAUACACUCCGAAACCUGGGCACCUCUCAAAAUAAAGUUCAACUGGGACGCCAGCUUCUGGACCAAACAGAUCUCCACUCUGGGUCAGCUCAGCGUCGAGGGAGGCAGUCGCUCGUACUCGGAGGGUGUGGGUCGGCCCGGUAUCCUGAGACCUCAGCCUGUUCCUUGUGUGUCCGUGCCGUCUCUGUGUUAUCCGCUCCGAGAGGCAGACUGCAGCUAUCAGUCCUUCUGCCAGCACCAGCUCUGCUGCCUGCACUGCAGACCGGCUCCGUCUGUCCCGCUGGAGAAGUACCCACUUCCACUGGACAAGUAUUCGGUACCGCACGCUCAGGAACCCAGCUGCAGUUCUCCUCCGAGCCUGCAGAGGCGCUGGAAUUCUGAUGCUACGGCCCAAGUGCAUCCAUCCCAGAAUUCCACGCUGCCUCAAUCACUGCAGCGGAGCCCAGAUCCAGACCCGGUGAAACACGCUGCUGCGAGUGAUUUUCAGCCCCAGAGCAGCCGGGGACGUCCCACAGAUCAGGAGAUCUUCCCAGAAAAGCAGCUUGAAGGUCCAGCAGGUGUGGAGUGCAGUGAGGAUCGUCUCUCAGCGCAGGCAGAUGAAGACGUGAGAACCCCCGGACCCUCAGACAUGCUGGUACAGGACGGAGGAUGCGGCGCUAACGCCGAGAGCCCAGAGAGCAGAACCGCAGUGUGCAGCAUCUCAGCAGAACCGGGAUCAUCAGGCAGCGCUUCAUACGAAUCCCGUUCUCUCGGGGUUAAUCAGAGCGCAGGAACGGCGGCCGGGGAGCAGGACCACACGGCACAGCGGCCGGAAUACACGAGUCCUACUGAACGAAUUUCAGACGAUGUGAUGAUCCGGUUUCAUCCAGACAGCCGUGAUGGUUCUUCUCAGACAGUCUACAAGACUGAGCCAGAUAAUGCCUAUGCAUAUUCUUAUGGAAAUACCAGCUGUAUGUCUCCAAAUAAAUACAGCAUACCAAGACAAGUUCAGGACACCAGCAGAAAAGCUCCUGAGGGUUCUAAGGUCCCGGUUGUGUGUCUGGAACGGCUGAAGAUCCUGGUGUCCAGAUGUCCACCACAGGGACACCACAGCACAGCUCCUCCAGCUGACUCCAGACUGAAGUGUGAAGGGGUCGCGUCCCAGGAGCUGGACAGAGAACUUAGUGCCGAGGAGGAAUCCGUUGAAGAACCAGGACAGAGAUUGGAGGUGUGUCAGGUGCCAAGUGAGCCACUGUUAGCAGAACAUCUUCCAUGCAGCGCACCACCUGUGGAUUCAGAGUCAUCAUUACAGGAGCUACGCAACCAAAGCAAGGAAUUUUCAGCACCCAGUACUGCACCAGCCCAAUCCAGCGAUCCGGAACUUUCCAAACCACCUGAAUCUGAACCUGCCUCUGACCCCAAUCCGGCUGAACCCAGAUCAGUGCCAGCGUCUGACUCGCAGCUCGAAUCCACGGCGGAAGCUGACUCCGGCUCAGACGCAGAACUGGAAUCUGAACUUCAAGUAGAAUCAGUUCCUAGCUCUACAUCUGAACCACAAAUCGAAUCAGACGCAGAAUCAGACCUGGAAUCUGAGCAGGUUCUGGAGCUCUCCGGAGAGUCCACGCAGGAGCUGGAAUCGGAUCCAGACUCCACCGCUGAAGUGACUCUGAACCUGGAGCAGGAGUGUGAAUGGGAGGCGGAGCAAGUCGGUGCGGACGCAAGCGUGCAGGAGGAGGUGGGCGUGGUCGAGCGUGAGUGUGUGGAGAUGGAAAACGAGGACUUCUGCGCCGUCUGCUCCAUCGGAGGCGAGCUGCUGUGCUGCGAUCGCUGCCCCAAGGUCUUCCACCUGACCUGCCACGUGCCCUCUCUCCUCAGCUUUCCCACGGGCGACUGGGUGUGCACUCUGUGCAGAGACGUGCAGCGGCCGGAGGUGGAGUACGACUGCGAGGAGUCCCGGCUGCCCCCACACACCCCGCCAUCUGCACUGUCACCAUGUGACCUGAGGAAAUGUGAGAAGCUCACGCUGCUCAUCUACAGCAACAUCCUGAGCGCUCCGUUCCACGAACCCGUCAGCCCACUGGCUCGUCAUUAUUAUCAGAUCAUCAAGAGGCCCAUGGACUUGUCUGUUAUCCGGAGCAGACUGAAGAGAAGCAGCUCGGCUCACUACAGCUCCGCCGGAGAGUUCGUGUCUGACGUCCUGCUGAUGUUUAAAAACUGUGCCAAGUUUAACUACCCGGAUUCAGAAGUGGCUCAGGCCGGCCACAGUCUCCAGAACUUCUUCUUGUCCAAGCUCAGCGAGGUUUUUCCUGAGCUCAGCUGUCCUGCUCCUGACGACGACUCGGACAGCGAUGAUUACGAAGAGCCCGAGUGUGCGGCCGCCGUCGCCUUCCCCUGGCCUGAGAGGAGAGAGCAUAGCCACAGGAAGAGGAAGAGGAGGCGCUCGCUCAGCUGGAGGAGACAUCACUAUUAACCUCCUGUUCCAUGAUGGAUUUUAAACUGUACAAGUUACACAGCUUCCAUCUGAGAGAUAAACCCGAUUAAAACUUUUUUUUAAAGUUCCCAUCUUCCUCCUCCCUUAAAUUUUUUGUAAUCCAGUGUGUCAUGCUGUUCCAUAUUUACCAUAUUUACACAGCUGGAGGUUAUUAAACCCGAUUGUUUUGCUGCGAUGUUCUGCACUGAGAUGGACUUCAUGUCAGAACUUCUCUUCGGAAGGUUUUUGAUAUCUCACAGGUUGCUGGCGACUGCUGCUUAGUGGAUGUAGAUGAGCAAUGUCGAUUGGUCAUAUACAGUAAUAUACAGUAUAUUUAUUAUAGAGAAUGUGAUAUUGUAUGUUUUUAUAUGCUUUAUACACCCCGUAUAUGACAAGCUUUUACUUUUUCCUACUGUAGAAACCCACUAGACCUGUAGAGGGAGCGGUUUAUAUAGCCUUAAGCCCGACAGCCGUUCACAUUGGACAGACGAUGUUGAAUUAAUUUUCCUCUGGCUAUUUAUCAAUCAAAAUAUUCCUCCUAUUCUGGAGAGGAACGUGGAUUCUGAUUGGACGUUGCUAGGUAACUCGUUUUAAAUAUGUCUCGCUUAAAUGUUCAUUUAGUAAUGAUUCUAAAAUAUUCAAGAAAUGAAUUAUUUCUCAGGUAGAAGUGAAGGAGGAGUGCAGUUUAUUCCUCCGUAUAACUCAUGUACAGGGUAGAUCAGAAAUGAAAAGGUCUUCAUAAUAAUAAUAAUAAUAAUAAUAAUAAUGAUAAUAAUAAUAAUUUGUAAUAGUGUAGAAUUUGUUCAUUUCUUUUAUUCUCUUUUACUAAUGUAAUUAUCUGGAUUAUUUGAGCUAUAUAUAGACUUCAGUUUGCACUUCAGCUCAUUUUGCUUCCUUCAUAUAAAACCCUCUUUAAAUCGUUUGCAGCCUUAUUUAAAACUGACGUCAUCAGUAUCUACAUUUCUUUUCCAGCGGAGUACUUUUUAUUAUUAUUAUUAUUCUUUUUUAAAAAAAUCUUCUGUAUGAUCUGUACAGAUUGUAUAAAUAGUCCACGGUGAAUCAUGGUUAUUAACUGCUACUGCCAAAUUAUUUUCAGAUGUGACAACGACUUUUUUGGUUUAAUUUGUUUUUUUUUUUUUUAGCACAAACUGACUGGAAAUAUUCUCACGCUGACAAAUGAUAUAAAUCAGAUCACUCGCUACUCUUGACUACUUUGCUGCUUUGUCAAUGUGCCAUAAACACUAUUCAUAAGCACUGAAGAUUCCAGUUACUCACAGAAACUGCAUGUUCACACAGUGAUGAGCUAAAGACAGCAUCCUGGCGUUUUACUGACGAGUUUGGAAGUCAUGAUGAUAAGCCUAAACUAUAACGAGCAGCUGCACUGACUUGCCUUUAUAAGAAUUAAACGUCCUGAAACUUGCUUUAACACUGACCUCUUACCUCGUUUUUCCCAUUAAGCAGCUCCAGAUGUUUUCUUCAAUUAAAAUAAUCUUCUAACAUUUUAAUCCAAUUAUAGUUUUCUUGCACGGAAGUGAUCAUGUCAAUUUUUAAAGCAUUAAAAGACACAAGAAAGGAGAGAAAAAAAAAUGAGAACACAAAGUUUACCUUUAAAACGAGCAUCUCAUUGAACUCACUCUAUUUCUGUCUCUCUCUCUCUCUCUCUCUCUCUCUCUCUUUAUAUUAUCUCUCUCUAUUCUCUCUCUCUCUCUAUAUAUAUAUAUAAUUAUCUCUCUCUUUUCUCUCUCACUCUAUUUCUGUCUCUCUCUCUCUCCUUCUCUCUCUCUCUCUCUAUAUAUAUAUUAUCUCUCUCUUUUCUCUCUCACGCUCUAUUUCUGUCUCUCUCUCUCUCUCUCUCUCCUCUCUCUCUCUCUCUCUCUCUCUAUUUCUCUCUCUAUAUAUAUAUAUUUCUCUUUCUUGGAACUGUUUAUUGAUCAUAAAAAGGAAUAAUUUAAUAAUUAAUCUUAAUAAUAAGUCUUUUACAGUAAAAAAAAAAAACCAACAAAAAAACAGAUUUUUGUGGCCAAUCAGGAAUUUUUUUCACACUAAUUAUUUCUUUUCUUCCAUUACACUGAAUCAUACACCAUCAAAUUUCAGAAAUGUGUUUUAACUGCUGAGUUUGAGAUCCUGAAAUAAAGAAAAGGAAACAUCAUAUGUGAUGUAAACGAAUAACUGCCUCUUAGAAUUACAGCCCAGUGAAAACGCACUAAAAUGAAAUACUCGGUUGCUAAGCACUCGUCAUAUAUAAUGAUGAAUUAUAUAUUCUUGUCCUGAAGGUUUGUGCUGUAAUUUUACCUCACACAGUGAAUGACGUGGAAGUCUUUCAGGCGAUGUUGUGAGUGAGCUGCUUUAACAGACUAAUAAAUCUGGAUCCAUUCUUCAGUUUGGCUUUAAACCAGAAUGAGAGAAGCAUCCAGGGGAUUAGUUUAUUACUGCUGGAAAGCAUAUUAUGACUAUCUUUCCCAGAUACAGUAAAUCAAUUUGUCCUUUUCAACUAACUUUUAUUUGAAAACAAAAGCACAAAAACACCCUCAUCCUACACGUUUCAUUUCAGAUUACCGCAAAACCAAAACAGAGCGAGAAGCUUCUUUCAUGUGAACUUUCUCAUCACUGAACUUCCUCACCACAAUUACAAGAAGAAGAUUUAGAAGUUAAAAAAAAUGCAACAUUUUUGAAAAGUCUGAAUAAUGUCUUCCUUAUUCCACAGCUCUGUUAAAGUCAGGUGUUGAUUAGUUUUCUAUAACAGCAGCUCUGACAGUAGUGCAGCUACAAAUCACAGGUUUAUUUAUAAUCAAUGCGCUCGUUCUAAUAUGUUAUCGUUUCUAUAGUAACAGCUCAUUCACAGGGAUACAGCAGGUGUACAGCGACGCUACACUGAUAAUAAACAGAUUUAAAAAAAUCUUAGAUGUGGUGAAGUUUCCUAUUAAAUGCAAUAUUUAUGGAAGGAGUCUCCAGUGUCAGCGCUUUGUAACAGUCAGAGGUAAAGCUGUAACUUUAAGUUUUCCGACAUCUUCAGGACAGAGGAGUUUACGCUUCUUCUUUGCGGUUUCUCAGUAACAUGCGUAACAAGCUGCGAUUUUAUUUUUUGUCGAACAACUGUUUAUAGCUGCUAUAAUGUAAGCGACAACAGGAACUAACUUAAUGAAUUAAAACAUAAAGGACGCUUACAACAUAUCAUUCUUUAAGAAAAAAUUGUCAUUGUUGGUAAAUUGCUGUGGUGUAAGAGGAAUAAAAGACUUCAGGACGUGCUGUUUUACUAUAA